AUGUCCUGGACAAAUUUCCUAGAAUUGCCGCCGAAUAUUCAUUGGGGAGAGUUGCGAAAUGUGGCAACUGGAUCGUGUUUGGACACUAUGGGUCAUGCACCUCCAAGUCUUAUGGCUACUUCUCACUGUCAUGGAUUUGGAAACAAUCAGCUUCUGAGACUCAAUACAAAAGGUCAAUUAGGCGUCGGUGAGAGAUGUGUUGAAGCGGACGGUCAAGGUGUAAAGUACGCAUUUUGUCGUCUAGGAACUGCGGACGGUCCAUGGCAAUAUGACGAAAAAACGAAGACUCUAUUGCAUAGAGUACAUAAGAGAUGUAUGGCGCUCCAUCCCCAAACUCAACAAUUAUCUCUGAUGCCGUGUGACAUAAACAAUACGUAUCAGCAAUGGACUUUUCAUCAAGUCCAUCCACGAUGGUAAAAGACAGAUGGUAGUGGAAGAAAUGUACUUAAUCACAACGACUAUAUUAUUACAAUCAAAUCAAAGAGAUUAUAAGCAAUAGACGUGACUGCAGCUGAUAUAACUUCAAUAUGGAUAAAAAUAUUCAUAUUUUAUUAUAUGCAAGAUGUACUUAAUAUUUAGUUAUACUUGACCAGAACUGUUGUAUGAGAUUAUAUAUUUCGAUUAAAUUGUUAUAAGAGGA